AUGGAUUUUGCAGUUGUAGUUGAACUUCUAUGCCACUUCUUUGACCUCAGCAGCUUGGGUCUCCUGACAGCCAUCAGCGUGGAGCGCUGCAUCUCUGUCCUCUUCCCCCUCUGGUACCGCUGCCAGCGCCCCAAGCACUCGGCGGGCAUCACGUGUGGGGUGCUCUUGGUGCUCGCUGGGCUCUUGAUUUCCCUCAUAUACCUUAGCAUCAGCUUUGCUCCAAGCUACUUGACAGCAUCUGCUGGCAUAGCCAUUGCCUUUUCCUUGAUUUUGUUGUCCAUUAUGUUGAUUUCUGACCUGUUCUUCUUUCUCAAACUCCUGUGUGGCACCCGGAAAAGACACCCGGGGAGACUCUUCUUUGCUGUGUUGCUCAAUGUGAUCAUCUUCUUUGCCUUUGCCUUUGAUAAUCCUAGCAGCGUGGAGGUUUUCCUCGAUCUUACAGCUUCACCUGAGUUAUUUCCAGAAAUAUCAAUGCUUCUCCUGAUGUCGCUGAACAGCAGCAUCAAUCCCAUCAUUUACAUCCUGGUGGGGAGCUGCCAGAAGUGCUGGCUCCAGUGCUCGGUGACCGGCGCCUUGCGCCGAAUGUUCGAGGAGAAAACGAUGCCUGAGGAGAGGAGCUCCAUGCGAGAGGAUGAUGAGGUGGUGGAGACCUCUCUAUAA